CAUUUCCCCCAUCUACGGUUUAAGUUACUAGCCAUUUUCGUAAGAUAAAUUAAUUUAUUCCUGUAAAUUUGGAAGUUAGUUAUUAACUUGCGCAAUUUGAAAAAUAAUUUGUAAAUUAUAGAACUACAUCGGUGGAAUUUUCUCAACCCUUGACCCAAAGUAUGUGGCGCGUAGGUAAACAAUCCAUAUCAAUGAUGAAAAUGAGUAAGCUGAUCAAGAUGUAGGAAGCUUGAUGGUGAAGAAGGUCGCGGUUGGAGGAAGCGAUUACAGCAUUUAAAAUACAGAUUUCUGUCAAGAUGGGAUGCUGUACGGCGAGAUGUACGCUGAUGACCAUAUGUGCGCUGCAAAUGCUUGCUUCAGUGGAGCGGUUCGUCUUUGAUAUAGUUGGUUACAUGUGGACGCCGGUGCUGGUCGGGGUCAUUGACAUCAUCAUCAUCUUGUUUGGCAUAUUUGGCAUUCACCAGUACAGGCCCAAGUUUAUUUACCUGUAUGGCAUUUGGCACAUCCUUUGGAUAGGAUGGAACAUCUUUGUUAUUUGUCUGUACCUGGAAGCUGGAGUCCUCACAUUACAGAAAAACAGCAAUAUCCUAAACAUGGGUACCAACGCCAACAGCUGGUGGCUGUCACACGGCUUUGGCUGCAAUGUGACAACCAGAUCCACCACCACCUUCAUUGACAGCACUAAGGUGGAAGAGAAUGACGAGGUGUUAGCUGUGCAGGGCUGCGUGCUGGACGGGCGGUACACAGAGGUCAUACAUGCAGGCGUGCAGAUCUUAUUAGCGAUAAUGGGAAUAAUUGGUGCUGUUUUGGUAAAUGUCAAGUUUGCAGAGGAAGAAGAUAGUUUUGAUUUUAUCGGGGGGUUUGAAUCCAACUAUGCCAGCUACAAUUCACAUGCCCAGGAGAAGGAGUCUGAUGUCCCUAUGCAACCAGUCUACAUACACAGAGGCAUCCACUGAUCAGAUCUCAGCUGCUGUAACCAUGGAGAUGGAGAUGAUUCCCAUGGUGACCGUGUCUCAGAUUGAAUCAGGGCCAAGGUGCACUUCCCCCCCGCCGUGGUAACAAACAUAAUUGACUAAUUUUAUGCUGAUGGGAGAUGUGAUAGUACUGCUUCAUGCGUUCCACUGCCAAGCUAGAAUGGAGUGUUCUAGAAUUCACCCCGGGACUUUAUAAUUAUUACACGUAGUCUUUAUAAAAGAGUUAAAACAGCCAGAGGCAGGGAAAGCCAUUAUGCUUGCUGUUGUCACUUGGCUCAUCACCGGCAUUUUGCUACUCAGGCAAGCUGUUGAGGUCUUGACCCCUUGUGUAUGUUAUAAUGAGACCAUCAAUCUAUUCAGGAUUUUCUGUCUCCAAAUAUCCCCAAAUUUUGCCUCCAAGUAUCCUCAAGUUUUGGGCAGAGUAUUCCUGCUAGUGUCAACCUCCUAUGAAGUGCCCUGCCGUAUUUGGCCUUUUUGAACUCAAGUUUGAGAGGGGUUCGUCAUUAGAUGAUAAGUAUGUAGUACAACGUGUCAAGCAUAGCAAUGAUUGAUUUACUACAAAAGAAAGGCGGACCACUGAGGAAGUGGGGGCGUGGCCUUGGUUUAAAGGGGAGCGUCAUGACAACAGUGGAUUAACCCUAACCCUGCCAGACGCAGCACAGUCUAUCAGGGGAAAAAGUCUCAUGCACUGGGAAAUCAACAACAGCCGAACAAACUGGCCGUGUUGAUACAAUGGAAGCUAGUCCUAUUGAACCAUGCCACUGUUGGAUCUUUUGGUGACUGGCAACCAUAGACUCCCAGGCUGUUUGGCCUCUAAGAGAGUAGGACCUGUUGGAUCUUGUUACACUGGGCAGGCACAAAUGAUGCCAAUGAUGAGUCUAGCAGGGUUUGUUACCAAAGUAGGAUGGGGGUUAGGGUUAAUGACUGCUACAUGUAUCUCAUAUGAUUGCCAUCACUGACAUGAGAGUGACCAUUCAGACCAGAGUGUGGACGCUCACAAACUUGACUGGGAACGGGUUGAUCUUCAGGUUUUUUCCCAAAUCAUGCGGAGGUUAAAUCAAGAUUUCAUAGGCGAGUUUUGUGAACUAACACAGAGUGCUUCUUCAUGAACCGUGGUCUACCAGCUCCUUCAAAAUUCAGCAGAAGGUGUCAAAAGAUUUUGUAGGAUUGAGGAAGAAUACAGCAACCACUAUAGGGUAUGGUUGGUUUCCGACAAAGUGGUUGAGUUUUGACAAUACAGGAAGGUUGGAAGGAAAGAUGUAGGAGCUCAUUAGAAAGCUAGAACACCGCAUGACUGUACAUACGUGUAUGCAAAUGAUACGUUGCUAUGGAAUACCUUAUCUGUAUAUAUUACAUGUAAAUACAUUACAUGUAGAAUUGCGUUGGAGAUCUCAUUUGUAAACAGUUCACACAAAAUGUAUUUAUUUUUGUGUAUAUUUUCUUGGAAGCUUGUGAACACGCUCGUGCCUGUACAUGUAGAUGUGUAAAAAGUGUGUGUGUUUGUCAGAAAAGUGUGAGCGCUGUUCAGUGCAUAUUAUCUGGUUUGUCCAUUUACAAAUAUGGCGAAGUCAAAGAGAGGAAUUUCUCCUUUCAUUCAGAAGAUUUUUUUUUUUCGUCUUUUUUCAGGUGGAAUAGUAAACAAAACCCAAAUUAUGCUGCUGUAUGGGCAAAAGUGAAAAGAAGUCACAACUUUGCCAUCAGUUAAAUUUCUGUCUGAUAAAAGCUAGAUAGGAAUUGGGAAAAGCCUGGAAAAACUGAAAACUGAUGGUGCGUUAACUUUUUGUGGCACCGUUAAAGAAGAGUACUGAAUGCACAGAUAAGUUCUGGACGGACCUGAAUUCACUCCAAGUUACUUUAUCUCACCUGUAGAUGAAAAGGAACACAAACAACAGUUGAAGUGCCACAAUGUUUGCCAUUGCAAAGAAUAUUAAAAGCAAAACUUUGGUGUUGGAGCAAUUGUUAAUGCAAAUGUCUAAAGAAUUCCCCACCAUUUUUGUACGAUUUGUUCAGUUUGUAUUCAGUGUAUAUUUGUGAUUUCACUUUAAACAAAAAAAAGAUGUGCAAAUGUGCAAACACUAAAUGAGAAUUUCUCAAGAAAGGGGUAGAGGCUUUCCAAACUUAUUUUUGGUCAGAAUACAAAAAAGACAGUAGAUUGGAAGAUGCAGCUGGUUGUCUCAAAAUGGAGAUGUGUUUAACACAAGUCAGCAAGGAAAACUUCAACUGAAAUGGGUAUCUUCAGUAACUAUGUGAUAAACGCUAGCGUAUUCAUUGGCUUCCAUUUUGAGACAUUUGUGAAGUGACACAAAUCACCAACAAUGGGCAGUAACUACAUGUACCGUAUUGUGAAAGUUGACAUUUUUGUGCUUUCUGUUGUAGUCAGAUAGAUAUUUGAUUUCUGCAGGCCAAACUUGAAAUUUUAUACACAAAGAAAAUAUGACACCAUCUUGGGUGCAGACAUAAUUUUGAACACAAAGAUGAUUUGACACCAACCUUGGUGGAGACAUUCUUGAAUUAAUAUUCAUGUUGUAGAACAUAAUUAAAAAAAGAUUGAAUGUAUUCUGAAUAAUGUACAUGUACUCUAAAUGCAAUGUGCACACAAUAGACAGCUACAGUACUUUUUAUCACGAGUAGGAUGCAUUAAUCAUCAGCAAAAUUCAUGUGCAGCGCAAAUGCGCAUGGCUGCCUGGUGUUUAGACAAAGCAAAACAAAUUACUUAUUUGCUAAUAGGUUUGCACAGUUUUAGAAUAUAGAUGCACAUAUGCAGAUAGUCAUGGAAAAUCUCCAUGGAAGUUUUCCCUUAGUCCGUGGAGAAGCAGGUGUCACUUUGCACAGCGAGUCAGUGCUGGAGAUAUUUUGUAAAUCACUUCAUGGCUGCACAGUAGUACAUGUAAUUUACCAAAUACAUUUAUAUGGUGUAAUACUUGUACAUGUAAAUAACUUGACGAUAUAUUCAAGAACAAAUUAACUUUUUGAUAUUUACAUGUGCAUGUAUACACAUAUACAGGUUAACACCUAGAUAUGUAUGUGGCCAGUACUGUUUACAUUUUCUUGUACAUGUAUAUACAUAUCAAGUUCAUGUAUGGUUAUGAUUUUGUAAGAAGACCUCAAUCUUUUCCAGACGUUAACUUGAGAAGGAACAAUUUUGGCACAGAAUUUACUGGUACUAAUUAACUACUGUUGGUAGUAGGGUGGUGUUUAUACUGAAUGGGACAGUUCUUUGUAUUUGUAAUAAUUAAUGUUAAAGUCACAUCUAGAAAUUAAAGUGCAAUGUUUGUGUAGGCUGCGUUAAUUUUUUUUUGGUACCAAUUUUUUUUUGUCUGUUCACUUAGAAUUUGUAGUUUUGGUUGAAUGAUAUAUUUUUACCUGUUUUGGAAGAACAGCAAUAUACAAUUACAAGAAAUUUUCUUGUAACUACAUGUACAGUGCUAGUGUGAGUUAAUUAAUCCUGUAUUUUAAUUCUGGUACACCUUUGCUUUUUAAGAUGGUACUUUUUAUGUCUGUCUGAGCAAACCGAAAUACUGACCGUGUUCUGAUAGUGUGUGGAGAGUUUUGUAAUACCGUCUUUGUUAACACAGCAUUUCAGAUCACAGAUGCAUAUAUUGUCUACUCUUGUUAUAAAGAAUUGUCCAAACAAAUGGUAUUGUAAAGAAUGAAUUCUUAAAAUUCCAAUUUCUUGAA